UUUGCGGGAUUGUAAUAGAGUAAUAAUUAUCUUAUGGAUGUGCAUGCACCGUCGCGUCGAUUCAUGAGCGAGAGCAAUGCAGUCUUAUUUUAACCCUCAGAAUGGACACUUCUUUUAGAUCUUUUUAUAUGAUGAACGAAAAGUCACUGUCGGCUAUUGGUCAAUGGCCCUAUCAAAGGAAAUUGAAAAAAGUUCUUUUCUCAACUUUAGUUUAUAUUAGUCUUAUAAGCUUACUCAUUCCGGAGCUGUUAGGCUUGAAAAAACAUUGGGGAAACUUGGACAUAGUAAUUGAAUGCAUACCGCCUCUUAUUAUAUUAAUUGUCGUAUUACUUCUAUUAACAAACUUUAUUAUUAAAAUGGAAAGAAUAGAACUUAUAUUUUCGAAAAUGAAACGCGAUUGGGUCUAUUGGAGGAGAGAUUCAAAAAUUGAAAUCCUACACGCUCAUACUAGGAGAGGAAAAGAUCUUAAUAAAUUAUACAUAAUUUACAUUAUUUUUACUGGAGUUGCUUAUUUGCUUUUACCAAUUGUUCCACAACUUUUAAACAUGUACCAUCAGAAUCAAUCUGUAGUAAAACAAACACUGUAUUUCACGGACUAUUACGUAAAUGAAGAGCAAUAUUAUUUACCGAUAUUAAUUCAUAGCUACAUAUCAAGUCUCACUUGUAUGCAUAUUCUAGCCAGCAUAGAAAUUACAUUUUCUUCAGUGAUUCAGCAUGCUUGUGGAGUGUAUUCUGUUUUAGGGUAAAAGCAGAACAAGUGUGCAAAAUAUAGGCACUUAAUUGUAAAUUGUCUUUAUUCAUUGCAGUAAUAAAUUUUGUCACUAUUUGC